ACAUAAUCACUGCUUGUUGACCACUGCGGUCCGACCAGCCAAUCCAGAGAACUCAACCUUCAUCUACCAGAACGAGUCAGACAUCAUGUCUAAUGAAUUCACUCAAAACCCGCACAAGUUGCUCGUCAUUCCCGGGCCGAUCGAGGUGUCCGACGAGGUACUACUAGCGAAUGCAUCGGCCUCAGUCUCGCACGUCUCGGCGGGCUUCAUCGCGAUCUUUGGGGACACGUUGAAGAUGUUACUACGACUGCUGUACACAUCCGUGGAGGCUGGCAGCCAGGCGUUUGUGGUGAGUGGUUCGGGGACCUUGGGUUGGGACAUGGUGGCGGCGAACCUGGUCGAGCGGGGCGAACGAGUGUUGGUGCUCAGCAACGGCUACUUCGGCGAUGCUUUCCGGGACUGUCUGGAAGUUUAUGGCGCCGAAGUCGAAGUCCUUUCGGCCCAGCUCGGCCACACGAUUACUCCGUCGGAGCUCGAGAAACAUCUGCAGGAGGCCAAACAGACCUACAAGUUGAUCACGAUCACCCACUGCGACACCUCCACCGGCGUGCUGGCUGAUGCAAAGGGCCUUGCAGCUGUCGCCUCCCGUAUCUCCCCCGACUCCCUGCUCGUCCUCGACAGCGUGUGUAGCGUUGCCAGCGAGGAAAUCCGGCUAGACGACUGGAAACUCGAUGUUGUCCUCUCCGCCUCCCAAAAAGGCCUCGGAACACCCCCCGGUCUCUGCAUCUUUGUCGCUUCAAGUCGCGCACUCAAGACGCUCGACUGUCGUCAGUCUCCCCCGGGCAGUUACUACGCCUCUUGGAAGAAAUGGCUUCCGAUCAUGAAAGCUUAUCAGGCUGGCUCACCGGCUUAUUUUGCUACCCCAGCUACAAACCUUAUCACGGCCCUCCAUAAGUCUUUGAAGACGAUUCUGGAGAGCCCGAAUUUGAGUUUGGAAGAAAGAUUCUUGCGACACAAGCAAGCCUCGAAAAAAGUCAAAGAGGCGGUCAAGAAGCUUGGCCUCAAAGAGCUCUCGGUGAAUGAUGAAUCGAGUGCUCAUGGGAUGACGGCGAUUUAUUUGCCCGAGUCCAUCAAGCCUGGUGAGGUGAUGGGUAAGAUGCUCGAGAAAGACCUAGUGAUCGCAGGCGGGUUACAUAAAGAUUGUAAGGACCGAUACGUGCGCAUUGGUCAUAUGGGACUCACUGCCGUCGACGAUCAACGGGCACACAUCGAUCGGAUCAUUGAUGGGUUCAGUGACAGCUUGAAACAGUUGGGCCACCAUCCUGUCGGGUAAGCUCACUACAUACGCAACCACCCAAAUUUCCGCCUUCCAUCUCCAAGGCCCCACCUCAAAGCACUUUCAACGUCAAAAAGGCCCCACCCCUGCUAUAAACCAAAAAAUAAAAAUAAAGAACCAGUUGAUGUGCUUUCCAGUGUAUUUUUGUGUCGCUGCGUCUCUCCAUAUCUUCAUGCAUAUUUGUCUGUGUGUGCACAUGUAUCGAUGUCUUAUCAUUACGUUUAUUUAGAUCUUCAUUGGUGCAGUCUAAGCUGUAGAAAAACCCACUCCUGGUCAUUCUUCAUUUUUUCAUAUACAAUGUAUGUAUCUGUCGUCUUUUUUGUGUAUGGUUUGAUCAAAUCUCGCAACUGAGAAGAAUUGAACUCUGUACUAUGGUGCUCACAUUCCAUGUGCAUUUUCUUCAUCUUUUUUUUUGAUCUCUAUACGUAUAUCAUGUCACGUACACCGGUGCCCCUGGGAACAUGUUGUCUUCACAAAGCAUUAGGAUAGGAAGGAACUCACAACAAGUAUCGAUACAUUCACUUCACUGGUCUACAUCACUUUCUUUUUACUGGGCAUGUCUAAACGGAACUUGUCACUUUGGACUCACUGGAUUUUGUUUCUUGAUUCUCAUGAAAUGCUUUUACCAAACACUGGCCACUAGGAAACAUGGAUAUAUCAGAGAAAAAAAGCCAAUUU